UGAUAAUUGCCUAAUAGAAAUAUAUUUGUUUAGAUGUAUAUUGGUUUUGUUGGGAAAAUAUCAUAUAUAAGUAAAUAUAUGAUGUUUAAUUAAUUUUUUCAUAAAUGGUCUAACAUAGACUUUGUAUGGAAGAUAAAAAAAUAAAAUCCUAAAUUAAUAGAUUAGAUGUUUAAACGUUUUUAUAUAUGACAAAUCUAGCUUCCAAACAACCCUAGCAUAUGUAUAGCAACCAAGGUUUUUAAACUAUACAUUUUUAUAAUAUAGCAUCCAAAGAACGAAUUUUAUAUUUAUAUUUUUUUUAACGUUGAUUUAUUAUGAUAUUAAAUUUAUGAUAUGAAAAGAAUUAUAUAGACGAUUCGACAACCGACAAUACUACCUACCUUACGAGGAUCUACGCCUAACUACAUCACUUGAGCCGUCCUAUGAAGAUCCACACCCGACCAGAUUUACUUGCACCAUGUUGAAGAUCUCUUGUAAGCCUUUCUUCCGUAGUCUGCAUAAUUGUUUAAUAAAUCGGUUUCUCCGGGACUUGAAACCCGGAUUUCCUGUAAUCCGCAAGAAAUUGCAUAGGAACCUAGACCUGAGUAUAAAAGCCAUUAAACGUUAACCACUAGGAUACGGUGCUUCCACAUUAUAUUUAUACUUAGUUUCCACAAAUCUAAGAGCAUGUUUAUCCUAAGAAAUCUAAUGAGUUUCUUAUGUUUUUUUGUCUAAAAAAUAAAAAUAAAAAAGCAAACCAAUCGCGGGUCGCCAGGAAUCAGUGGGGGCCCGCAAACAGUGUAAGAAAGUCGCUAAAAUCGGUUUUUAAUUAAUAGUUUUUGUAACAGAUCCUUAAAAAUUUUGUGAGGAUCCACGCAAUAAGAACCUCACUAAGGACCCCGGAUAAACAUGCUCUAACAUCCAAACAAUCAAAUUGAUAUUAUUCCAAAAAAUUAAAAUGAUGUGUAAAAAAUACCAAGAAAAUUCAAAUAUCCAGAUUUUACUAUCUACGAUAUUGGAAUACUCUAAACAUGAUAUCCCAAAAAAAUCCCACUAUGAUAUUUUUAUUCGAAACUUCAUUAACAAACUAUUGUUUUUAAUUCCCAAGCAAUACAUGUUUUCUAUUAAACCUAAAAAGCGUGACCUUCAAAAUGGGUCAAUUGUUUAAUAUACAUACCACGAAUCUAAGACAAUUUAGUAAUCAUAGUUAGGCUCAUUAUCAAAAUCUAAAAUUUAAUUUUAAACGGUAACAUGAUCCAAAUUACUAUUAAGUGUUAAUAUAUGUGAAUUGUAAGAAUAUAAAAUUUAAAAGUGAUAACAUUCGUAUAAAAUUAAUAAAAUUUAAGAGUGUUCUAAUUUCGGAAUAUAUUUUUCAUGUAAAAUAAAUGGUGCGGCAUAUUCAUUUACAAAACUUUCAAACAACAAAGGUUUUCAGAAACUAUAUAUUGUGGUAAUUUAUACAACCAUACUAAUUUGUAACAUUUAUAAACAAAUAGAAUAUACAAACGAUCCACUUGAAUAAAAAAUAGUGUAACUAAUAUCACUUAUUUAUAGAUCAACCAACAAUACAAUAUAAACAAGAUUAUACAUAUAUAAACAUGUAUUAACCGAAAAUAUUUAAAUGUUAUAUAUAACAAAUUAAAAUAACACCCACACAUAAGUCUAGUUUUUCAUUAUUUUUAGAGGUUCUUUGCUAGACAAUAUGUUUUACAGAAACUGUUUUGGAAAAUUGUAAAUAUAUUAUGUUUUCUCACCUAUGAUUUAGAUAAAUACCAUAAUAGCAUAUUAUGGUAACAUAUUAUAUUAUAAAAUCAUAUUCGUGAAUAUUUUGUCAACGAUAUAUAUACAAGGAGCUUAAUGUCUUUGUAAUCAACAUAAGUGAGUACAAAAACAAAAAUUUAACAAUAAUAUAUACUAGAAAAAAUAUACAUAUUAGUAUAUACUUUGUUGGUUUAUCAUAUGGUUGUAGUUUUACAACUAAAUGAAUAUGUUUAAAUGUGCAUAUAUACACUUAUAUUUGUCAUGGGAGACUUCUUGCUAGACCUGAUCUUGUAUAUAAUAUAUUGCAUUGUUUCUUUUGGGAUCUAUAUAUAAAUAUAUUGUUGCAUGAGCUCGAGGAACCAAUUUGCCUAGUGAACAUAGUUUAUAUAUAGCACAUUAAGUUACUAAGAGAAAACAAACACUCUAAAAAUGUAUCUUCCAUUUACGAUUCUCCUACCAUUUGUCUUCACAAUAUUGUCACCUUAUUUCGUAUCUCUCACACACUCCAAAGUUGCUCGACUUGGUAUUUCCACAACAACGAGACCGACAGAAACAGUAUUUGCCUCUGCUGAUAAUUCUGAUCUCAAUUUCUUCUACUACCAUCAGAAUCUCGACCAUUCUACAUUCACCCCGAAAAGUUAUCAGACGUUUCGGCAAAGAUACGUCAUCAAUGCCAAGCACUGGGCUGGAUCCAAAGCCAACGCACCUAUAUUAGCUUUUCUUGGAGAGGAAGCGUCAAUAGAGUCUGAUUUGUACGUCAGUUUUUUCCAAGAUAAUGGUCCUCGUUUAAAAGCCCUUCUCGUCUACGUAGAGCAUAGAUCCGUCACUGGGUAUUAUGGGAAGUCUGUGCCAUUUGGAUCGGCGGAAGAAGCACUGAAGAACGCCAGUACGUUGGGGUAUUUGAACGCAGCACAAGCUCUGGCAGACUAUGCCGCGAUUCUCAUGCACGUUAAGGAGAAAUAUUCUGCGAAACAUAGCCCAAUUAUCGUCGUCGGGGGAUCCUAUGGUGGAAUGUUAGCGGCGUGGUUCAGGCUAAAAUAUCCACAUAUAGCACUUGGGGCAUUAGCAUCCUCAGCUCCUCUUCUCUACUUCGAAGAUACUCGUCCUAAAUUUGGUUAUUAUCAUAUCAUAACCAAAGUAUUCAAGGAAACGAGUAAGAGAUGUUAUAAAACAAUCCGUAAAUCUUGGAAAGAGAUUGAUAGAGUUGCUGCCAAAUCCAACGGUCUCUUGAUCCUUAGCAAAAAAUUCAAAACUUGCGCGUACUCCAUUGAGCCGUACUUCGAUAUCAAAGACUUUUUGGACUCAAUAUACGCAGAAUCAGUUCAAUUCAACGGGAAUCCCGGUGAUUGGGUGGCUACAUUAUGCAACGCAAUCGACAACCCACCAAACCGUAAAAAUUAUGUACUUGACCGGAUUUUUGCAGGUGUUGUUGCCUAUUUUGGCAACCAAUCUUGCUAUGAUACUGAUUUGGUUAUACAGCCCUCAAACAAUGCAAUUGCAUGGAGUUGGCAGGGCUGCAGCGAAAUAGUGAUACCAAUAGGACAUGACAAACACGACACAAUGUUCCAAACGGCUCCGUUUAAUAUGACCAGUUUUAUUGACGACUGUAAGUCCAAAUAUGGUGUUUCUCCUCGGCCGCAUUGGAUCACGACUUAUUUCGGCAUUCAAGAUAUCAAGUUAAUUCUCCGAAGAUUUGGGAGCAACAUCAUUUUCUCUAAUGGAUUAGCAGAUCCUUACAGCGUCGGCGGAGUUUUGGAGAAUGUUUCAGGUAGUGUAGUCGCCAUCAAGACACUUAAUGGAACACAUUGUCAAGACCUCAGCUCGAGGAGAAAAGACGAUCCUAAAUGGCUGGUGAUGCAAAGAGAAAAAGAAAUUAAAACAAUUGAAUCUUGGAUUUCAACCUAUCAAAAAGAUCUAAGAGGUUCAACAUGUCAUAAUAAGCUUGGGUUAUAAUAUAUAGUCUUCGUAAACAAAUAAAUUAAAAGUUCAUAAUAUAUCUUUAGUAUGUAGGUCAAUAUUUUGUACUUGUCGUGGAGUCGGUCACUCGUCUUUAAAAAUAAAAUGGAUAUAAAACUGUUAUGAACCAGGAGAUUAUGAUUUGUAGUGUUUUCAUUAAUCUACGACGGUGUAAUC